CGAAGUCAUAGUCAUUGUUUACGCCAAAAUUGAACAAAUGUGCUCAGAGAUCACGUAAAUACAAGAAUACAUUGUAUCUUUAGUUGAUUUAAUACUCGAAACCAUAGGCUUUUUAUGGGGAACACGUAACACUAGCCAUUAAAUAUCUCCACUCUUCGCUCUUCUUAUCAAAUUACUCAACCUCUCUCUCUUCUUCUCCUUCUCAAAACAACUCAAACAGAGACGAAGAAAGAAGAAGAAGAGCUUAUCAUCAUGAGACUUCUACAUCUUCUUGCUCUGUCUCUGCUAAUCUCUGUUUCAGGAGCAAAGUUCUCCGGCCGGCCAGGAGUCAACUACGGCCAGCUCGGAAACAACCUCCCAUCUCCGGCCGACUCAGUCAACCUCAUAAAAUCCCUAAACGCAAAACGAGUCAAACUCUACGACGCUAACCCAAAAAUCCUCACCGCCUUAAACGGCACCGACAUUACCGUCUCCGUCAUGGUCCCAAACGAGCUAAUCGUCAACAUCUCCAAAUCCGAAUCACUCUCCGACGACUGGAUCCGAUCCAACAUCCUCCCGUUUUACCCAACCACCAAGAUCCGUUACCUCCUCGUCGGCAACGAGAUCCUCUCUUUUCCAGACUCUGAGCUCAAAUCUUCACUCGUUCCCGCAAUGCGCAAGAUCCAACGGUCCUUAAAGUCUCUCGGCGUUAAGAAAGUCAAAGUAGGGACUACACUCGCCGUCGACGUUCUCCAAUCUUCGUUUCCUCCGUCUAGCGGCGAGUUUCGGUCGGAUAUCUCCGGUUUAGUUAUGAAACCGAUGCUCCAAUUCUUAAACCGGACCAAAUCUUUCUUAUUCGUUGAUGUUUACCCGUAUUUCGCGUGGGCUCAAGAUCCGACCCAUGUGGAUCUCGAUUACGCCAUUUUCGAAUCUUCCAACGUCACCGUCACGGAUCCAGUCACGAAUCUGACCUACCACAACCUGUUCGAUCAGAUGAUUGACGCUUUCGUCUUCGCUAUGAAACGACUCGGGUAUCCGGAUCUUCGGAUCUGGGUCGCGGAAACGGGUUGGCCCAAUAACGGUGACUACGACCAAAUUGGAGCGAAUAUUUACAACGCCGCCACUUACAAUCGCAAUGUUGUCAAGAAACUCGCCGCUGACCCGCCCGUAGGUACGCCCGCCCGACCCGGAAAGGUUCUACCGGCGUUUGUAUUCGCGCUUUACAACGAGAAUCAGAAAACGGGUCCGGGUACGGAGCGGCAUUUCGGACUUUUACAUCCCAACGGGACUCAGGUCUACGGGAUUGAUUUGUCGGGGAAGACGACGGAGUACAAGGAAUCGUUGCCGGCGCCGGAGAAUAACGAGUUUUACAAAGGGAAGAUUUGGUGCGUGGUGGCUAAAGGAGCGAAUUGGACUCAGCUAGGUGAUGCUCUAUCGUACGCUUGCUCACAGGGGAAUAAUACCUGUGACCCGAUUCAACGCGGAGGCCCAUGUCACAAACCCGAUUUGACCGUUUUGCACGCCAGCUACGCCUUUAGCUCCUAUUGGGCCCAAUUUCGUAAGACCGGUGGGACUUGCUCUUUCAACGGCCUAGCCACCCAAACCAUUAAAGAUCCAAGCUACGGACGCUGUGAGUUUCCGAGCGUGACAUUGUGAAGACUUACGAUUUACGACAGUGCAAGGUCGAGAAGAGACACACGAGGGAAAACCGCACGAUGUUACGGCUUUCAUUAAUGGAAACAGCACGUGACUCUGUACGAUGUUACGUAUCUUGAUUAUUAGAAACGGCACGUGAUUAUGAUUCAUUUGCAGUUUAUUUAUUUUAUUUUUCUCUUCCCGCGAAUAAAGAAAACUCAUGAGUGAGUGUAAUAAAUUCGUUUUCCGGUAAUGCAAUCAGUCUCUUAUCUGUUUA